AUGGCCUACAAUCAGGUCUCCGCCGCCUCACUCACCCCCUCAAGGCCGGCGCCCCAAGCCCCCAUGCGUCAGGGCUCGACGAGCAGCGGUGUCUCCAAUUACUCCACAACCAGCAGCUACACUCUUACCCCCUCCGGCAUGAACGGCUCGUCCUAUACCACUGCCUACUCCGGCAUCGGCGGCUCCUCAGGCAUCGGCGGUUUCCCCAACCGCAACUCAGACAGCGCCUCAAACUCCUCCAUCAUCCGUAGUGGCACUGUCGGUUUCAAGGAAGAUGCGUUCGCCAGCUGGCUCUGGAGAGAGAAGUUCUUGGUCUUGAAGGAGCAGAGCUUGGCCAUCCAUAAGAACGAGUCAUCCCCACCCCAAAACACCAUACAACUACGUGACCUCUCCAACAUCGAACGGACAGAUUUGAAGCCAUACUGCUUGCUGCUCGAGACAAAGGACAAGCGGUACUACCUGGCACUGAAGGGAGAUGAGGAACUCUAUGGGUGGCAGGACGACAUUUACUCGCGCAGCCCGCUGAGUGGGGUCAGCAACCCGACUAACUUUGUUCAUAAAGUCCACGUAGGCUUUGACCCCGUCUCUGGCGCGUUCACGGGCAUGCCGGACCAGUGGAGCAAGCUGCUGACAAAAUCUGCCAUCACGCGCGAAGACUACCAGCGCGACCCGCAGGCCGUGCUCGACGUGCUUGAGUUCUACACUGACCACCAGAAGCGGGAGAUGGAGGAGAUGGGCCUCUCCCCCGCGACGCGGAUAGCCGGAGCGGGUAGCAGCACGCGUACCCGCCAGGCCUCAGCAGCGAGCAGGUGCCCGUGCGCAAGGAGUCGCUGCAGACCGGCCGCGAGCGCGAGCAGCGCGAACGGGAGCGGGAGCGAGACCGCGAUCUCCGCACCUGCCAACUCCGACCCUGCCGCUCGACCCGCGCCCGGCGCUACGGCCGGCCCGCCGCCCGUGAAGCCAUUGCAACCGAAGAAAGCACCCGCGCACGCGGCGCCGCCCGUCACCGUCACCGCCGCUGAGGACGACAGGGGCGGCGUUGCCGCUGCCGCUGCUGCCCUGGAGAAGCCCAAGGCGAAGGAGGCGGAGAAGCGGAUCAGUACGAUGACGGAGGUGCAGAUCAUGGAGAAGCUGCGGAGCGUGGUGGACGACAGCGACCCUAAGCUGAUUUACAGCAAGAUCAAGAAGAUUGGCCAGGGCGCCUCGGGACAUGUGUACGUCGCCAAGACGCUCGCGACAGGGAAGAAGGUCGCGAUCAAAGAGAUGGACCUGGCGAACCAGCCGCGCAAGGAGCUCAUCGUGAACGAGAUUCUUGUCAUGAAAGAGUCACAGCAUCCUAACAUCGUCAACUUCUUGAACUCGUACCUUGUGAAGAAUAACGAGCUCUGGGUCGUUAUGGAGUUCAUGGAGGGUGGUGCGCUCACGGACAUCAUCGAGAACAACAACCUGGAGGAAGAUCAGAUUGCGUGCAUAUCCUUGGAGACAUGCAAGGGGCUCGGUCAUCUGCAUAGCCAACACAUCAUCCACCGUGACAUCAAAUCCGAUAAUGUUCUCCUCGAUGCGCAAGGCCGCGUGAAAAUUACUGACUUCGGGUUCUGUGCCAAGCUGACGGACCAGAAAUCGAAGCGCGCAACCAUGGUAGGCACGCCGUACUGGAUGGCUCCAGAAGUGGUCAAGCAGAAGGAAUACGGCGCUAAGGUCGACAUCUGGUCCUUGGGUAUCAUGGCUAUCGAGAUGAUUGAGCAGGAGCCGCCGUACCUCGACGAGGAGCCGCUCAAGGCGCUCUACCUCAUCGCAACGAAUGGGACGCCGACGCUGAAGAAGCCGGACGCGCUGUCGCGGGAGCUCAAGUCGUUCCUCAGCGUUUGUCUCUGCGUGGACGUCAAGAGUCGGGCGACGGCCAACGAAUUGCUUGAGCAUGACUUCCUCAAGAAAACGUGUCAACUAUCGGGAUUGGCACCUCUCUUGCGAUUCAGGACGACAAAGCAGUCGUCAUGAAUGUCUCUUAUACCUUCCCACCCGGACUUAGCCUUGACCUUAUCGUGCUCCUUUCGUUGUCCUUCGCCGUCUUGCGCUUUCAUUUGGAUUGUCCUUCCCGAUGGCUUGCCGUCCGUUUCGCUUAUAUAUCGCGUCCUUCACAUCAUAUCUCUCUAACUCUCUUCCUGUGUUUGUUCUCUUCUCUUUCUCCCUCUGUUUUCAUGCAUCACUUUGUUUACG